AUGAUAGUGAUCAAUAACAUGGAGUCAGGCUCCCCAGCCCGCGGAAGGAGACACUGGAGGAAGGGGCUUCAGUGGGGGGUCCUCCUGGGGCUCAUGGUCCUGAUUUAUGGCUCUCAUGCCCCCCUCAUCGCCCUCACCAAGGUGGACGGACAGGUUCCCUUCAGCUCCUCCUCCUGUGUGGUCCUGAUAGAGUUGACCAAGUUGCUGGUGUCCCUGGUUUGUCUGCUGAUGGCGGGGAACCUGUCCACCCAGCCAGCCUCCCUGGCCCUUGUGGCUCCCUACGCUGUGCCUGCCCUCCUCUACGCCUUCAACAACAACCUGGUGGUCCUCAUGCAAGCCUACAUGGACCCCAGCUCCUACCAGGUCCUCAGCAACCUUAAGAUUGCCUCCACCGCCAUCCUCUACUCCUUUUGCCUGGGCAAGAGGCUACGGCCCACUCAGUGGCUAGCCCUGGGGAUACUCAUGGGGGCAGGGGUGGUCCACAGCUACAGCAGCCUGGAUCUAGAGGACCAGGCCGGGGCAGAGGCCAACGCGAGUCCCAGGCUUCACAUUACGGCCUGGGGCCUAGUCCUGGUGUUGCUGUACUGUGUAGUCUCGGGGCUGGCUGCUGUUUACACAGAGAGGGUCCUGAAGAGCCAGCGUGUCCCCCUCAGCCUCCAGAACCUCUACCUGUACGUAUUCGGAGUGGCCAUCAACGGGGUUUCCUACAUCUCCAGCGGGGGCAGUGAGCAGGGUUUCCUGGAGGGCUUCUCUGGGACAGUGUGGGCCAUCGUGGCUGGCCAGGCGGCCAACGGCCUGCUGAUGUCGGUGGUUCUGAAGCAUGGCAGUGGCAUCACCCGUCUGUUUGUCAUCUCCUGCUCCAUGCUGGUGAACGCUCUGCUGUCCUGGGUCAUCCUGGGGCUGCAGCUCCAUCCCCUCUUCCUGCUGCCUGUCUUCAUGGUGGGCCUGGCAGCCUACCUGUACUACAAGUAGGGGUUCCUGCCCACUGCCACGACCCUUGAACCUACUAGGGGGCCCCUGGUAACCUCCCUGCCCCAGGAGCCUGGGAGUUGUGUGUGUGUGUGUGUUGUGUGUGUUUUGUGUGUUCUUGCUUUUUUGUCGUUUGGUUUAAAAUGUCAUUUUGGUGCAUCACUAUUUAUUGUUGUUUGGGUUGUGUCAUGUUCAGUUUAGGUUUGUGGAUCAUUGAACAAGCAAUAGAAAUAGCACAAAGAGAGAGAGAGAGAGAGAGAGAGAUGGAACAAUCUAACAGUAUUUACCAUUGAAGGCCUGGUGUUCUUCUUCCUUUACUAACUGUCAGCAGUCACACACAAUCAUAUUCCGUACCUUAUACAUGCCUUUAUGCUGUGACAGCCAAAAACAAGUGUAUUCUGAACAUAAUUUACAAUCUUAAUAUUUUAACCUGUGGUACUUCUUAUAUUUCUCAAGUGGUGCUAUAACUAUCAUCAUGGUCAUACCAUUUCCUUCGCCAAACUAUACGUCAGUGGUACAGUUGUUUAUUUUGUUGAUUGUGUUUCUGAAAUGUUUUAAUAAAUAGAGAUAUUAAAGA